AUGGAAGAGCAGCCAACAACAAGCGCUAGCGCUGCUCAAGCCCGGGAUCAGGAGCACAAUCCGAUGCUGGACUCACCGAUGCGUGGCCCAACACUGUCGACAUCAACAUCUAGUUUCGAGGCUCUGGCACACGCCCACGAUCCCAAUCUAAGCAAGCUGGCCACAAAGAUGUUCCAGAAAACAGAGGAAUACAUAACACAAGAGCUCAAUGCGCCACUGGAGGAUUACAAGCUGCUCGAGGAGAUGAACAAGGCAACUAUUGCCAAGUACAAGGAUAUGCGGCAAAUUGCUGAAAACCUAAACGUAUCCACCAAUGAGCUGUGCGGCAAAUUCCAACAGUUGGCGCCGCUCAUGCAGCAAAUCGACGAUAUUUCGGAUACGGUGGACAAACUGGAAGCGGCUGCCUACAAGCUGGAUGCGUACAGCAUUGCGUUGGAGAACCGGGUCAAGUGUGUGCUGCAGCGCAAAUCGACUCAGCAGACAGUGGGCUAAUAAUAAUUGCAACUCAUUGGAACGAGCAUUACUAGUACAUUUAUUAAAAUUAGAUUUUAAGCACUA